CUAACCUGUAGCAUAUUGAAUCAGCAGCUCGUUUUCAGCCUGUACAGUUAAAUGAAUUGUGUUGCGCUUUAACAUUAGUUUCUUUAAACCGUUGCUUGUAGCGUUCUGCCAGCUGUUCGGGGUUGUGCAAUGUGUGCGGCGCUGGCUGGCUGAAUCCAUCCGAGAAACAAACCGCCCCCCUCCCACUCUCAACGCCCCCGUUUCGGAUGGAACUCAAAAUACAGAAAGCCUCCAUGUUGCACAGGGAAUGCUGGGCCAGCAGCUGUGAAGCGUCUCGGAAAAGUGCAUGCCUCCGUGGAUGUUGAGCCACUUGCGUGUACUUAAUGCACGGUUUGGACGUGAACGAUCCUCCGACAGGCUUCCGAGUGUUUACGGCUUCGUCCCAGACACGGCGGCCUCAUUUCUGCUGGAUAACCGGAGCUUCGAAGCUAACUGGCUAACCCAAUCUUGCUUCAUAACUUCACUUAGUUAGCAUUACCGCUGUUUUGUUGUUUUAAGUGUUACCUAAGUUGCGCACAAACACUUGUUUGCAGCGAUGAUACACGGAAAGCCAUAGAUGACAGCCCUUCGCUGGCCUCCAUUCACCACCGUGCUAGCUGGCGGGCUACCACCGCUGCCACAACCCUUCGCCUCGGACAGUUUCCUGGCUUUGUGGCCAAGCUGCUUCCCUUCAUCUUAGACAGCUAGCAAACGAGGCGAGCGCGUUCCUACACGUAAAACGGGAAUAACCAGCAGUCCCAAUGGACCACAUGUCCAUAAUAACCCAAGUUUCAAACCCUAAGGAGGAGGAGAUAAUUUCGUUUAACCAGGAAAAAGCAUCUCAGUCAAACAGCAGCCUGAAGAAGCAGAGGAGUCGGGGCAUAUUCAGCACAUUCUUGUGUUGCUUUCGCAACUAUAAUGUGGAGCCACCAUCCACAAACACCAGCUCCCCGCCUCCACCUGUCGAGGAGAAUGGAUCUCCUCCAAAGUGUGACCAGGUCGAGGUCAGCCCUGUUCCUAGUCCUCCAGCUAAAUACCUCCUACCAGAGAUGAAAAUAUCUGACUAUGGUAGAAAAUGUGUGGUGAUUGACUUGGACGAAACACUCGUACAUAGCUCCUUUAAGCCUAUCAGUAACGCUGAUUUCAUCGUACCAGUGGAGAUAGACGGGACUGUUCAUCAGGUGUAUGUGCUGAAAAGACCCCACGUGGAUGAGUUUUUGAAGAAGAUGGGAGAGUUAUUUGAAUGCGUGCUUUUCACAGCCAGUCUUGCGAAGUAUGCAGACCCUGUGGCAGAUCUGUUGGACCAGUGGGACGUGUUUCGAGCACGACUCUUUAGAGAGUCCUGCGUUUUUCACAGAGGGAACUAUGUUAAAGACCUCAGUCGACUGGGCCGAGAGCUCAACAACGUUAUUAUUGUUGACAAUUCACCUGCCUCUUAUAUUUUCCAUCCAGAAAAUGCUGUUCCAGUUCAGUCCUGGUUUGACGAUAUGAAUGACACAGAACUGCUGGACCUGCUGCCUUUCUUUGAGGGAAUCAGCACGGAAGACGAGGUUUAUGGGGUCCUGCAGAAUCUUAGAAGCAGGUAGCAGGACACACCGCAGCGCCUCUCUCUCCGUCGACCCGUCCCUUUCUGCAGCCACCUCUCCUCCCGACUCGGGCAGAUGACCUCAAGGACACACCUUUUAGAAUCUCACUGUGGAAACCUUUGUGCAGCCGUGUCUCUGCUCUCUUCUCCCCGGUGACUGGCUGCCUUCUGAGUGCCAUCAGAGAAAACAUCUGUCAUCCCAGGACCACUGCGUCCCACAGAAGAAAAAAAAAAAAACACCACCAGAAAGUGUACAGAGAAUCCCUAGUUCAUAGCAUCGGGGACGAAAUACUAAGAGAAAUGAACUCUGGUCGUUAUUUUCAAAUCAAAGUUUUACUAUUUGGUGAAGUGCUAUUUUUAAAACCAAAAGGAAAAGAAGAAAAAAAGAAAGCAUCUUUCCAUCUGAGACUUAUUUUGUGGUACAGCACAAAAGUCUGGAAAAUAUUUUGUCCUCAUAUUGUUGCUAUGCAGGCAGUUUCUGGUAGUAGAAAGGACUGUGACUCUUUUCUUACUGAAUGAAGUGCCUUGUGUGAAUGUUGUUUCUAUGAGGAAUUAUUUUGUACAUGACAUAUUUUCAGAUUACUUCAGUUUUUUUUUCACACAGUAUGCUUUAAAGUGGACACAGAAUUGAAAAGUUUUACUUCACUUUUUCGAUCGGCAAAAGCCGGGUAACUGUCUCACGAUUUUUUUUCCAGUAUACUCGUGCCAUUAUAUAAGUGUGACUUUGUUUUUCUUUCUGCUUUCAUUAUACAGUAUGUAGAAUUAGCUUUGUUUUAGGCGUAUGCUUGCAGUGAUGUCUGUCACGGCCCACCUGCAAGUUCAGUCUUUUUUUUUUUUGUUUUGUUUUGUUUGAUCUGAGAACUCAGAUAAAACUGUGACAUUUAUUAUCCUGACUCUUAAAUUUUAUUACCCUUACUGCAUUUUAUUUUUUGCCAAAUAAGGAAAAUAUUUUUUAACAGGCUUCAUAUCUUCGCCAGGGUUUGAGCUAAAACUGUUAAAUCAUCAUAGAUUAUCACUUGUUUUUAAAAUGUUGAAUUCAUUUUUCUUUUUGCUGUCAUGAGGCUCGUUUCUGUCACAUCAUGUUUAGAUGGCUCAAUUGUUAUUAUAUUUUCUUUUAGCACUCGUGAAUUUUUCUCAAAUGGUGCACAUUUACAAAGGUGUCCUUUUAUAAAAUGUUUCAAAUGGUCUGGGUUGUUACAGCAAACUGGUCAAGUGCCAUGUUUUAUUUUUGUUUGUAUUUUUUUUGUUUGUGAUAGCGGAGUGUUAAGGGAACAGAGUUCGGUCAGGACAGCGUUCUCCUGAUUUACAUGUUGGUGACGGCCCAGGCCUUCAUCCAGACCGGCUGUAACAUCAGCGAAGACCAUAUUUGAUGUUUAUCUUCCCAGACUUGUGUUUAAAACUCUUCUUCACCUCAGUGCCUAAGUUUGAGAGGAGCCCAGCAAAACCAAAUGCUGCAACAUUAGCUACCAUGGCAAUAACCUUUUCUGGAGCGGAGUUUCCAUCCCGGUUGUUUGGUUUGUGUWAGAGCACUUGGAGGUGGAACAGUUCAACAGGUUCUGAUAGUACAGAUAAAACGACCUCUAAGCAUCCUUUAAUAAAUCAAAUUUAAAGUGCUGGAACAACUUGAAUGUUGCUUGGUUGAUUCUAGUAACAGCAGCCAAAUCAGUCACCUCCAUUGCCAUAUUUCCCAGCUUUUGUUGAGCAAAGCUGAGUUUAGGAUGCCUUGGGAGUUUACAGAUAGUUGCUCCGUCCUUGAAGGCCCCCCGUUAGGGUCCACCUCAGAUUGAAACACAACUGGGGUGCUAAAAAAAAGGACGGCAAAGAAACUCAUUAAUGRUUUGCCAAACCAAGGUUUGCAAGAUCAGCAUGUUUAUUUUUUUAAUUUGGAGCUUAAACGCAGCUCAGCCACAUAUGUGGAUCAGAUGUGGUUCAGCUGGGUUAUCAGUUAAUGCAGUUAAUGCCCCAUGGUUAUCAUUUUUGGUGUUUAAUUUAAAACUUACACUACUUUCUUAUUUUAAACGRAAAGCCUGCUGCUCCUUCAGGAAACUGAAAAAAGCUGAACAUUAAUCUUUAGCAUGUCUUGAUGAGUUUUCAGCUGAUGAUGAUGGAUUUGGUGCAAUGCCCUUUUUAUACGAAGCGUUCGUUCAGCUCCUCUCAAUCUCUCCAUGAUUACCUUGCUCUGAAAAUGUUUAUCCUUGUAAUAUUUUUCUACCUUCAUCUUGUCAGUAUUCACUUUGAAGAACUGUGUAUUUUAGAUUUUUAUUUUAUUUUCCUGUUUCAGACCUGUUGAAUCAUUUUGGUAAGAACUUGCUAAGUUUUUUAUCAAAAAAAAAAAGUUGUGCUUGCUUCCUUUAUAGUUUUCCAUUAUGUAUCACUUCACUCAUUCUCACGUAUUGAUCAUUUUGUAUUAACACCAAAGUUCUGAAACACUUGAGUUUGGGUCACUGUGCUUCUUGUAUGGGUCAGGUUCUUCACUUUUCAUUUAAACAAAAAAAAAAAAAACCACUGGUUUUUGUUGACUUUUAAGUUUUGGCAAGAGUGUUCAAUCAUCCUGAGCAUCAUCUUUUAAUUCUUUUUCUUAAUAAAGGCUUCAUUAAGA